AGACGAUAUCGACAAUAAAAAGCAACACUUUCUGACUAGUUCUUCGAAACAAAACUGUAAAUAAAUCAAGAAUAAUAUAUGACUUAUCUCAAGAUGAGGUAAUGAGGUAAUUUGAAUGCAAAUUUAAUCGAAGUGAGCAAGUGGUUUAUACUACUUGUAGGGAGUAGAAAUAGAAAUAAUGAUUAUACGAGGUAUCCUCGUUUAUAUAGUGGCAAUACUUAGAGUUCAGGGAGAUGUGGAGUCCCCAUGCCCCAAAUAUUUCUUAUUUGAGCCUAAUAAAUCCGAAGACGAUCGGUGGUAUGGACUGAUUACACUGGAAAGUAAAGUUGACAUAAUGGGAGUAACACUGAAAGUGAAAUUCGAUAAAUCCAUUAUUCAAUUGGGGAACUGGUUAGGCCAAGUGGACUCAAAUUCGGACAACACCGAGUUUACAAUUCGUAAUAACCAAAGGCAAAUAAAGGCUAACAAACCAACGAAGGAAGAAAUUUUUGUGGUUUUUGAUCCAUAUUAUGAUUUAAUACCACCAAAGCUGACAGAAAUUUCAUUAAACGGUAGGGAAUUAUGUCCGAAUUAUGAAGAAGAGGAACAAACUAUUCCAAUGGGAAACCAAGAAUCCAGUCGGCCUACUAUAGUACUGAACAUAAAUAUUCCACAAUGUGGCACGACGAUUAUAACCACGACUCCUUUGAUUACCGAAGGAGACUACUCAAGGCCCGGUCAAUGGCCAUGGCAUGCAGCACUUUACAAUAAGGAAGAGGGAAAAAAGAAGUAUAUUUGCGGAGGAACUCUUAUAUCACAGCGACAUAUACUAACUGCAGCUCAUUGUGCCGUCAAAAAAAGCGAUUGUACCAUCAAUUGUUCUCCCACUCCAAAGGAUCCGGAAGACAUUCUCAUAACUUUAGGAAAAUAUGGUUUCUUCGUGCAAGGCCGAAAUGAACAGAUUUUGGAGGUAUCGACAGUAACGAUUCACCCUCAGUAUAAUACAACAAACUUUUUCAACGAUAUUGCAAUAUUACAUCUGAAAACUCCGGCUCAGUUCACGAAUUUUGUCAGGCCUUGCUGCAUCUGGGAAGAAGAUCCAACCCUAGAUUCAGUUGUUGGUAGAAUAGGUACUGCUGUAGGCUGGGGGAGAGACCAUAAAAACAAUGAACAAACGGAUCUUCUGAUGCAAGCUGAAAUGCCUGUUGUGGACACACUGACAUGCAUAUAUGCCCACAGAGAUGUCUUCGCACAUUACACAAAUUCUAAUAACUUUUGUGCUGGCUUUAGAAAUGGUACUUCCGUUUGCAAUGGGGAUUCUGGUGGAGGACUAGUGUUUCGCAAAAGAAGUACAAGCGGUGGCAGUACCGUUUGGCAAAUACGGGGCAUUGUUUCCAAUACCAUCGCCAAGGAGGGGCGUGUAUGUGAUCCUAAUUACUAUGUAAUAUUUACAGAUGUUGCAAAAUAUGUAGAAUGGAUUAAGAGCGUCACCAUUAUAAUAAGUGUAUUACCUUUAACGAUUGCGUUUCUAAAAUUUAAAAUUUUUGUAGGCUAUGAGUGCCGUUUGUUAUCGAAAAUGGUGAAAUAUCUUAUAAUUUUCGUAUUGUUCCUCAAUACAGUAUCUUGUCAAAGUUGGGUAUCACCUUGCCCAAAAUUUUUCACUUAUGAACCCAGAAAUCCGAACGAGCCUGACCGCUGGUAUGGUCGAAUUACUUUAAUGUCUCCAGAUAAAUUGACGGGAGUUUGGCUGAGAGUUAUUUUUGACAAACCUACCAUUCAACUAGGGAAUUGGUUUGGUGAAGUGAAAACCGAGGACAAUGUGGAGUAUUUGAUAAAAAACCCGAAGAAAAAAUUAGAACCAAAUGCAGUUGCAACUGUGAGAUUUUAUGUGAAACAUAAUGUAAAUGAGAUUCCUCCUCAAGUAGUAUCUUUUCGACUGAAUGCUAAAACAGUAUGCCCAGAAGGCACAGUAACUACAGAGGCUACUACAAGUGGUGCGCAAUUGUUCAUUAGUGAGGAGCGAUCUACAAAACCGACUUUAAGUAAACCAGAGUUACCUAACGUUAUGCCUCCAAAUACAGGAAAUAAUUUUAUGUAUCCAGGUCAGAGCCUAUCUAUGAAUGGAAAUUCAGACGACGAUGAUUUUUUUAUGGGAGACUUUGCAUUGUUUGGAAGACCACAGAAACCUCCUGUUCUUGAUAAUUCUGUUUGUGGAACUAUUAUUAAACAUCCUAGACCUCUAAUAACUCAUGGGCAAGAAACACAUGAAGGAGAAUUUCCAUGGCAUGCAGCUCUUUAUCAUGCACGAGGAAUAGAUUUGACAUACAUAUGUGGUUCAUCCCUAAUCAGUGCUAAUCAUUUGAUAACUGUUGCACAUUGUGUUACAAGAAGGAAAACGCAGAGUACUCUUUCUACAAGUAGCCUUGUUGUUUAUCUGGGAAAGUACUAUUUAAAAAUAUGGUCAAAUCCUGGAAUUCAAGAUAAGAAUGUUGAGAAAAUCAUCGUUCAUCCCAAGUAUAACUCUCAGACAUUCAGUUUUGAUAUUGCUAUAUUAAAAUUGAGUAGCCCUGCUAAAAUAACUGAUUAUGUGAGACCAAUCUGUUUAUGGAACGAACAAACGGACUUGGGAGUGGUGGUUGGUAAAGCAGGAACAGUAGUUGGCUGGGGUUACGAUGAGUCUGGCAAGGUAACAGAACAACUGACAAAGGCUCAGAUGCCAAUUGUGACACAGGAAACGUGCAUAUACUCAUUCCCAGAUUUUUACUCAAGAUUCACUUCUGACCAUACCUUCUGUGCUGGCUUCAACAAUGGCGCUCCAGGAAACAGAGCGGAUUCAGUAACAGGUACUUCAGUAUGUAAUGGUGAUUCUGGUGGCGGCAUGGUCUUCCCGAAAACAGGAUCCAAUCCAAACAAUCCCGUCUGGCAACUCCGAGGAAUGGUAUCAAUAAGUGUUGCCUUGCAGAAUCAAUUUAAAUGUGAUUCGUCUCAUUAUGUAGUUUUCACUGAUAUUGCUAAGUAUUUAGAUUGGAUAAAGCAAGCUUUAGAGUUGUGAUAUAGUUUAAGUUAUCAAGUGGAUUAUUUUAAAAUGUAUACUAUACUUUGUUUUUUUUUAUGACAGUGUUAUAUUUUUAGUUUUGUACAUGACUGUAAAAAAAAUUGAAAAUAAACUAUAAUUUUU